GUGCUUAAAAAGAGAACGGCGGGAGGCCGGGACGACCAUUCUCCAUCCUGACUCCGUCGAAAACGUGUCAGACACCAUGAGGAUACUUGCAGUAGUGAUCCUUUGUGCUGUAGCAGGCGCUGGCUUGGCCCAGCAGCAGGCACAGCAACCGGACCCCUGCGAUAGGAAGACAAGGGUGGUCGGGGAUAUAACCUACUGCGACCGUUACUGGGAGUGUGUGGCAGGCACCCCUCAACUCUACGACUGCCCUAAUGGUCUCGUCUUCGUGGGCAGGAACCGUGGCAUCGCUGAGGGUUGCGACUACCCCUGGCGAGGAUCUUACUGUGAUAGCAAGCAGCUAGCCAACCCGCCCAUCAGCACUGAGCAUUGUGACUGGCUGUACGGCAUCUUCGGCCACGAGACCUCCUGCACCCGCUACUGGACAUGCUGGAACGGUACCGCCACUGAGCAGUUCUGUAUCGGCGGACUGCUGUACAACGAAGAGACCCAUGCCUGUGACUGGCCCCAGAACGUCGGCGGCUGCCAGAAACAUCCACUGUGCAAGGACGACCCCAACGCCAACGUGCCCCUGGGCAAGUCUUGUGAGAGGUACUGGGCCUGCCAGGGAGGUUACCCACGUCUCCAGCGCUGCCCUGCCACCCUUGUGUUCGACAAGCAAUCUCGUCGUUGUGUGUCGCCUCCCACUGUAGACUGCGACGUGCUCUCUACCACCCCACCACCUCUUAACGAGGGAAAUGAUCGUGUCCGCCAGGGCUCACGUCCUCCCCACCGUCGCCCACCAAGUCGUCGUCCCAGCCCCGUCCAGGACGCACAGCCCCUUGAAAGUGACGCUCCAUUUGUGUCCGACAAUGCCCUCCCUCAGCGUCCUUUGUUACCCAGUCCCUCACAACCCAGUUCCCCCUUCUCCGACGCCCGCCCCUCUUUCUCCAACGCCCGCCCCUCUUUCUCCGACGCCCGCCCCUCUUUCUCCGACGCCCGCCCACUACCUGCACUUCCUCAGGGGAGCAACUUCCGACCUGCUCCCAUCCCUGGUGCCAUUCCACUCAACUAGGCGACUUCUAAGGCAUGCCAUGACCUGAAGCAUGCCUACACUCUCUCCCUCGUCCGGGUACAAACUUCCCUCACCCAAAGAUUGACUGUCCCGAGAGGUGUGGCCGAGACCCCUGGCCUCCACGCGCCAGCGACAGCAACACGUGACGGCCAGACGCACCCGCCCCGGGGCACUGUACAUAGUCCUCAUACAAAGUAUUAUGCCCAGUGCAUUCCUCGACCUUAGGUUUAGUUGUUAUUACUCUGUUUGUAAAUAAAUUAUGUUAAAUUUA